CUGAAACUUAACUUGAAGACGACGUCACCAUCACCAGCAGUUUCUGGAGUCACUUGCCGAGGCUAAGACUGUCCACUGCCAGUAUGAUCCUGACCCUGCUGCUCAGCCUUGGGGGGCCCCUAGGCUGGGGGCUGCCAGGGGCCUGGGCUCAGGCCCCAGGUACCAGGUUCUCUAAUCCACACAGCUCCAGGUCACCUGGGGUCUGGAGCGCAGAGGCCGAGGACAACGGCAGGGGCCCCGUUGGACGUAACUGGUGCCCCUACCAGAAGUCCAGGCUAGUCACCUUCGUUGCCGCUUGCAAAACAGAGAAAUUCCACGUCCACAAGCAGCAGCCAUGCCCACAGGGAGCUCUGGACUGUCAGAAAGUCAAAGUCAUGUACCGCGUGGCACACAAGCCAGUGUACCGGGUCAAGCAGAAGGUGCUGUCCUCUGUGGCCUGGAGGUGCUGCCCAGGCUUUGCAGGCCCUGACUGCCAGUACCAUGACCCUACUGCGAUCCCUGAGCCUGCAGAUCCAGAUGAUGACUUCCAGGAGCCUUGGGACGGGCCCGCUGCCUUAGAACCUGGCCACCCAGCUGCAGAGAUCAGCAACAUCGUGGUGCAGCAGGAACGCCUGCUGGGAGAUGUGCAGAAUGACAUUUACCAGAUGGCAGACAGCCUCCCAGGACUGUGGAAGGCCCUGGCAAGCAACCUCACAGCUGCCACAACUGAGGCAAAUCAGACAGAACUUGAGUUUCCUGGCAGAUCCUUGGAUCAAGUGCUGCUGCCCCACAUGGACACCUUCCUGCAAGUGCAUUUCAGCCCCAUAUGGAGGAGUUUCAACCAAAGCCUGCAUGGCCUGUCCCAGGCCAUCAGAAACCUAUCUCUUGAUGUGGAGGCCAACCGACAGGCCAUCAAGAGGGUCCAGGAGAACACUGUGGCCAGGGCCGACUUACAGGAGCUUGGUGCCAAAUUUGAGACCAAGGUCCAGGAGAAUGCCCAGAAAGUGGGUCAGCUGCGGCAGGAUGUGGAGGACCGCCUGCAUGCCCAGGGCCUUUCCCUGCACCAGUCCCUCUCUGAGAUCCAGGUGAACAUGGACACUAAGGUGAAGAGGCUCCUUAAGGCCCAGGAGCCCCUGGGAGCCAAUGGCAGCCUGACAGUGGUGGCAGGGGCAGGGGCAAGGCCGGAGCCUGAAAGCCUACAGGCCAGGCUGGGCCAGCUUCAGAGGAACCUCUCAGCACUGCAUGUGGCCACUGGCCAAAGGGAAGAGGUGCUGCAGAGCACCCUGGCAUAUGUGAGGGCGGCCCUGGCCCAGCACGAGGCUGAGAUCAAGGAGCUGUACUCAGAGUCCGAUGAGACCUUCGAUCAGAUCAGCAAGGUGGAGCGGCAGAUGGAGGAGCUGCAGGUGAACCACACGGCGCUGCGGGAGCUGCGGGUGAUCCUGAUGGAGAAGUCACUGAUCAUGGAGGAGAACAAGGAGGAGAUGGAGCGGCAGAUCCUGGAGCUCAACCUCACCCUCCAGCAUCUGCAGGGCGCCCACGCCGACCUCAUCAAGUACGUCAAGGACUGCAACUGCCAGAAGCUCUACUUUGACCUGGAUGUCAUCCGGGAGGACCAGCGGGACACCACGAGGGCCCUGGAGGAGACGCAGGUGAGCCUGGAUGAGCGGCGCCAGCAGGACGGCACCUCCCUGCAGGCCCUGAGCAGCACGGUGACCGCCCUGUCGCUGGCCGUGGACGCCGGCAAGGCGGAGGGAGAGCGGGCGCGGGACGACUUGGCGCGGCUCCGAAGCCAGCUGCAGGCGCUGGGUGGUGAGACUGGCGCGCUGAAUGCCGCCGAGGCGGAGAUCCGCCGCGAGAUCCGCCAGCUGCACAGUUCCUUCGCGGCCCUGCUGGAGGACGCACUGCGGCACGAGGCCGUGCUGGCCGCCCUCUUCGGGGAGGACUUGAUGGAGGAGAUGUCGGAGGAGGCGCCCGGCCCGCUGCCGCUGCGCUACGAGCAGAUCCGCGUGGCCCUGCAGGACGCCGCCAGCGGGCUGCAGGAGCAGGCGCUCGCCUGGGACGCGCUGGCCGCCCGAGUGACGGCCCUGGAGCAGGCCGCGGACCAGCGGGCGCAGCACCGAGAGCCCAGCCACGACGCGUCACGAGAGGGGGUCGGCGAGGCCCAGCUGGCGGGGCUGGAGCAGGAGCUGCAGCGCCUGGCUUCCGAGGUCAAGCAGGUGGGGCAGUGCUGCGAGGCUCCCGGGGCUUCCUCCCUCAACAGCUCCCUGGAGGACCUCCGCGGGGCGCUCUCCAACUCUGCGCACGGCCUAGAGCAGCACCAGCGGCUCUUCCACAGCCUCUUUGCGAACUUCCAAGGGCUUGUGGAAGCCAACGUCAGCCUGGACCUGGGGAAGCUGCAGGCCUUGUUGAGCAGGAAGGGGAAGAAGCAGCAGAAAGGUCUGGAAGCUCCCCGGAGGAGGGACCGGAAGCAAGCAAAGCUCUGGGAGACAGGCUCUCCUGUGGCCUUCUAUGCCAGCUUUUCAGAAGGGACAGCUGCCCUGCAGACAGUGAAGUUCAACAAAACUCACAUCAACAUCGGCAGCAGCUACUUCCCUGAACAUGGCUACUUCCGAGCCCCUGAGCGUGGAGUCUAUCUGUUUGCAGUGAGCAUUGAAUUCGGUCCAGGGCCAGGCACUGGGCAGCUAGUGAUUGGAGGUCACCAUCAGACCCCUAUCUGUACCACCGAGGAGCAGAGGGGUGGAAGCACAGCAACCACCUUUGCCAUGGCUGAGCUGCAGAAGGGUGAGAGAGUGUGGUUUGAGUUAACUCAGGGAUCGGUAAUGAAGAGAAACCCACCAGGCUCUACGUUCGGGGGAUUCCUGGUGUUCAAGACCUGAACAUUGGGCACAGCUCUGACAGACACGGCGGACUUGCCCAGCUCUCCUUGGCCUGGGGCUCUGGCCGGCACUGGUCUGGGACCAUCCAGUUGGUCUAGCUCUUUCCCGGAAACUUUCUGCAAAGACAGUAUGGCCUAUGUGGCCUCCCUCUAGACGCACUGGGUUUGGUUAUUUCUUAAUGAGGAGGACUGGAAUGCUUCUCUCUGGGAAGGACCUGGUCCGGCGAAGUGUGAACCUUGACUUAGCGUGCCUCCCUGGUCCACAUGGCACGGACCCCAGCUCUCUGCCAGUGUCCUACGGCUUUGUUGUGUUUUUCAUUGGGGUUUUGGUCCUCUUGUGGUUGGAACGUCCAUAUGCUUGAAACCUUUCUCCCACUUCCUCUUCUGCCUGAUUUUCUGCUAGAGAAUCCUUCUUUCCCAGAAGGGAUGUUUUAAAUGGAGGUGACAUUUUGGACAACGUUGGAAACCAGUCUGCACUCACUACAGAGCAGUAAGAGAAAACUAAGCUAAGCUCUCUGGUCUCUACCAGCCAGACAUGCAAAUGAAGUGCUGAGAUAAUCAAGGGCAACAGAAUUCAUAACUUUCCCUUAGUUUCAGUCCUUCCUUGACUUUAUCUGUAACUUUAAUUUCACUUCUCUCUCCUUGCCUUGCAAAGGCUAAGAUAUGCCACACAAGAACGAAAAUGUGUAUAGACUCCUUUGUUACCUCCUCCAGUAACUCAUGACCACCCUGAAUCUUAUUAGCAUCUCUAACCAGGAAGGGAGGGCUGAGGGAGGAAGUGAAGGACAUCUAUAAAACUCCCCCUCGAUAAUGACCAACUUUGGAAUAAAGUAAUGCCCUUCAAACAUC